UUGUACACAUACACUUCAUUCACAUCUGCCAUCCCAGACAAACAAGAAGAGCAAUCAGGGAUGUCUGUGAAAAGUGCAAAGGGAGGACCAGAAAGCAGACCAUCCUCUGCCGCCAGCGCAUCUCCACGAGGGGGGAGGGCUGCAGCAGCUGGAAGAUCACCUGUUGCAGGGAGAUUUAAAAACAAGGCCCUUCAGCUCAGCCUCUCCAAGAAAUUCUGCUCAAAGUCCCCCACACCCCAGGGGAAGGUCUCUGAGGAGCAGGGUAGUCGAAGUGGUAAACGGAGCCUCAGCAACAGCUCAGCGGUGGCCGCUGCCUACGUCGCCUACCUCAAUAAACUUUUUGGACAGGAGAGGCAGCUGAUGCCACUGGAGAUAGAUGAGCUUCAGGAGGCCUUUAAGGAAUUUGACUAUGAUGCGGAUGGUUUCAUCCAUUACAAAGACAUCGCAGACUGCAUGAGGACCAUGGGCUAUAUGCCUACAGAGAUGGAGCUCAUCGAGAUCAUCCAGCAAAUCAAGAUGAAAUGGGGUGGUCACGUAGACUUUGAUGAUUUCUGUGAGCUAAUGGGGCCAAGGAUGGUGGCUGAGACAGCUCAUAUGGUCGGGCUGAAAGAGCUCCGCUGUGCCUUCAGACAGUUUGACUGUGAUGGCGAUGGAAAGAUCACAUAUGAUGAGUUGAAAGAGGGCAUGAAAACCCUCCUCGGGGAGAAGCUGAAGAAAGGCGAGCUGGAGGAGAUCCUCAGUGACAUUGACCUCAACAAAGAUGGCAACAUUGACUUUGAUGAGUUUGUUAUGAUGCUUUCUGCACGAUGACCUCUGAUGGAAGAAGACGGAGCAUUCAGCACCAGGAUUCAUCAGCUGUGUGCCAUUACCUCGGUCUACUUCCUUCUAUUGUCAUCCUUUUUUGUGUGUGUGUAAUAUUGAAUUUCAAUAUUAGCUCUGAAAAUGUAAUCCACUUAGAGAUCUCUUUAUAUUUUCAUAAUAAAAGUGGAGGUUGAAUAAGUGCAGUGGGCAAAGGGUGAGUUAUGAAACACUUUAUUGUACUUAACAAUAAUGCUGCACUGUUGCCCCCUGGUGGCAUAGAAAUGUACAGUUUGACAUAGAAGUGGUGUUUUUACUGUUUCCUAUGGAACUGAUGCCUAAACCUGCAAACGUGUGAUUGGAUCAUACUUGAGUAGCUGUUUCUGUCUAAGUUUAGAAAUGGGGGUGGCUCGCUUGUAAAUAAGCGAUGCUGCAUAUCAUCUUUAGAAUUUAGCAAUAUUUGCUAAAUUAGUUACUCAAAUCUGAAUCAUUACACCUAUAGGAGAACCUUCUUUUCUAGUUAUGAUAUCCGUAUUGCGCGGAAAUAUUUUUUAGUUGUAUUGUGUGAAAACUGGUUGGGGUGGGGGGGGUUUAAAAAAAACCCCAAAAAAAACAACUAUUACAGCCGACGUUGAAAAAAAAAUGCAUUUAAUAUUGAAAAUUGAUAACUUAAAACAUCUGAGCAAAAACUGUCCAAAAAGCCUUUGUACAAAUGGUUUACAUACAAUUCAACUCAUGUUUUCCCCAGCUUUCUUAGAUAUUAUGAACACCCAGUAGCUCAAACUAUCUCAGAAAACAAACAAACAAAAAAAGAUACACAAUUAAAGUAGUAUUCAUGCUAUGGCAAAAAACAGGGAAUGGUAACCAAAGCCAAAACACUGCAUUAUUAAACUCACAAUGCAAAAUGGUGUAAGGCAUACGCAGUGCCCUGACUGAAGCACUGCAGGUACCGUCCUCUCGCCUCCAAGCAGCUUUUAAUGAAGAAUAAUGCUAACCCAUUUGCUGUGUGCAUGCUGUUUUUACUGCUUUUGAUUUGUCAUAAUAUUGCAAGACCCCUUUAGGAUUCCUAACAACUUGCGGUUACAAUGUACAAAUAUUUAAUUAUAAAUUAAUUCAGUUUCACUUAACUCAAUGGGAAGCUGGAUUUUUGGUUUAAAGAAGAGACUACAAGUACUUAAAAGAGCUGAACACAUUCACUGCAGCAGUGCACACUCCAGAAGAAUCGCAUGGUCCAUGACAAACAUGUGGAAGAAGGAGAUUAGGCAUUCAGAUUCCCAGAAAAGGAACCUGAGCCAACUAGAAAAGAGAAGGCAGGGCCAAAACAGAGGCUGCCAAAGGAAGAAAUGAUUAGGAACAAAAUUAGACUCCCGGGCCAUGUGUUCCUCCUAAACUCGGGUUCGGAGGAACAAAGUGCAUGAGAAGCUGGAAGAAACUCAAAAUUUCAAAAACCUGUUCUUUAAACAAGUUCUAUCCUGCUCUUCACAGGCAGAACUGGAAGUUGCACAUGUAAGAAAAGUGUAAUACUUUCAUCAGUGUUUGGUACGUGUACGCCAGCCUUUAGUUGGUCUGUGCGCACAUCACUUCACAGCUGUUCCUUUAAACUAUCUUGCAUUUGCUGUUCUGGACUUUCAGCAUUUAGGAUUUUGUUUCACAGAAUCACUCCAUCUCUCCUCCAGAUAAACAGAAAUCUUACAGCCUAGAAACAAAACCAGGAAAAAAAAAAAGCCUUUCACUGGUCUCCUCAGUAUGGAAGGUUUGUUCCACUGCUGAAAAAAAAAAAAUGUUUAUUUGGGGUUAUUGUCUCAAAAUUUAGACUUGCUCAGAAGUUUCAGUCAAUGAGUCAAAAUUUUGAGGUACCUAAACCUGCCAGCUCUGCCUGGCAUUUAUUUAUUUUCCCGUUGGCAGAAACAAGCUUCCAUACAUCAGACAUGACACAGCAAAACAAACUUUUCACCUCAGUUCUGCUUAUUGUAAAAUAGUGAUUGUUGGAUACUCUGUCAUUCAGUAGCAACAACAAGGAAAUAUUAUCCAUGUGCCACACUAACUUCUCUUGUAAUUUCUCUGCAAUCAUUCAGGAAGUAUUUCUGGAAAUUGAGAAUAAAGCAGAUGAGAAUGGC